AUGCUAACAGAUAUACAGAAAACACAUAAUAAUAAAUUGAAUAGUUUACUUAAUGCAAAUUUUAACCAUGAACUAAUUGAUGAAAAUUCAUAUGAUUCUGAUAAAGACCCCGAAUACAUCCAACCGUUGCUUUUGAAAAGUAUAAAUAAAAACGCUUUGUCUACUGGUAUAUCAACUAUAACAAAAUAUAAUAGUCCUGCAAAGAAUUCUCCAACUAAAGAAAUAAUUGUAGAUAAAAAUCAGGACUUUUCUCAGCCACUUGCUGCAGUAAUAUCUCAAUCAAAUCAAAAAAACAAUACACCUAAGUUUUUUUCUGUAAAAAGGGCCUUAUUUGAAACUCAUGAGACAUUUAAUCAUGGAAAUGAUGAGUCUUCAAACAAAAGACAUUAUUCCAAAAUGAAGUCUCCAAUUAGGAAAAAAACUACAAAAGAUAUUGAUCAAGACUUUUCUCAGCCUUUAUCCCAAUCAUAUCAUAAUAAAAAUGAUAACUCUAAGUUUUCUUUGGAAAAAGCUUUAUCCGAAACUGAUGAUUUUAACCAAGAAAACGCUGAAUCUCCAUAUUCAAGACAUACCAUUUUGAAUUAUCCUAUUGGAAAAAUAGUCGUGGAAAAUAAUGACCAGAGUUUUUCUUAUUCACAUUCAAGAUCACAAUCAAAUGAUAGAAACAAUAAAAGUGAGUUUUCUUCUGCAAAAAGGACCACCAUAUUUGAUACAAUUGAAACUGAUGAGAUAUUUAACCAAGACAACACCGAGUCUUCAGAAAAAAUAUAUUCCAUAUUGAACUCUCCCAUUGGAAAAAUAGUUGUGAAGGAUAAUGACAAGAACUUUUCUCAACUACAUUCAAUGUCACAAUCAAAUAAUAAAAACAGGAAUACACCUAGGUUUUCUUCUGCAAAAACUUCUACAGACAAAUUGAUGUUGAAUUGUGAUUUCCAAACAUUCGUAAUAAAUUUACUAACAAAAAUGAAGUAUGACAUAUCUGGCAUUAAUUCAAAGACAAACGCUACACAUAUUCUUUUAAAUUCAUAUGUAACCAGUUCUGGGAAUUCAAUUAUUCAAGGACAACUGAAUAAUAACCAAAUAUCCAAAACUUCAGACUAUUACAAUUUAUUACCCAUUCAAACUAAGAAGAUCUUCAGAUUGCAGAAAAUAGAAUUACUGAUAAGAUUAUAA